CAAUCAAUAAUCUAUGUCAAUGAUGAUGGUAACUCUGUUCAAGCGUACCAAUGAAAUAAUAAAUCGAAAUAAUUGUAUUCGUAUAAUAAUUUUUAUGAAUAUAAAGCAACAUUAUACAAAAGCAAAUAAAAUGUGUACGAAAAACAUAUCAAAUUUUGAUACUUUUGAGAUAGAAAAUAUAACUGAAAAUAUAAACACUUCUUCUUUUACUGAUAUUGUGGAUAUACAUGAUACUAUGCCUUUCUGCAAAAAAUGUGGUUGUCAAGAAGUGCAAGUUUUUUUAAAAAAUAAAAAUCAGUAUUGUAAAAUGUGCUUUUUAACUAUGUCGAUACACAAGUUUAGAGCAACUCUCGGCAAAUCCAAAUCAGUUCGUACAAACGAUACUGUACUUAUCGCCCAUUCAGGAAAAGCAAAUUCAACUGUACUUUUACAUCUUAUUACAGCUGAUAUUAAUAAAUCAAUUUCCAAAAAGCUUAAAUUUCCAUUUAAAGUUCUUUAUAUAGAUGAUGGUGUAAUAAAAAAACGUUCGAUCGAAGAAAGAGAAUCUAUUCGAAAUGCAUUAGCUAAAGAAGCUGAAAAUUUGCAAUUAACUAUGUACAUUUCAUCGUUGUCAAAAUGUACAAUUGAUACUACUACUGAUAAAGAGUUACAAUCGAUAAAUGUUCCAUUAAUGAAUACUACUAAAGAAGAUACAAUGUUACAAGAAAUUUUUAAUAAUUUAGAAAAUGAUACGGCAAGAGAUGAAUUAUUGCAACAAUUAAGACGUAAAUUACUUGUAUUUGCAGCUCGUAAACUUAAUUGUAAUAAAGUUUUCAUUGCUGAUACUUCUAUUGAUCUGGCGAUAAAAGUUCUUGGAGAUGUAUCGACUGGCAGAGGUUCCCAAUUGUCUUUUAACGUUGCUUUUUCUGAUGAAAGGUACAGUGAUGUGAAAUUACUUAGACCGCUCAGAGAUUUUACAAAAGAUGAUAUAAUUGCAUAUAUGGAAUGUUGCGAAUUACAUCCAAUUCUUAAUCCUCAAAAAUAUAAUUUCUGUUUCCCUUCAUCUAUAAGAAAUAUUGCAAGAAACUUUGUUUAUAAACUAGAUUCUGAAUUUUAUGGUGCUGUAUCUACAAUAUAUCGUACCAGUGAAAAAUUAGCUACAAAUGUGGAACCAUUUAAUAAUAUAAAUAAUGAUACAAAGAUUGUUACUAAUAAAAUUGAUGUUAAUAAUAUUUGUAUACUAUGUGAAUUAAAUUUUAGAGAUUCAGACUCAUACUUGUCUAAAGAAGAGCUAUCAGUUGUACAAGCAAAAUUAUUUUCUAAAUUAGUUUCUACAAUUACAGACAUUUCAUUAGAUACGACUAUAAAUUCGUUAAAUAUUUGUGCACAAUCGAACAAUGAACAAUCUGAAUGUGUAAAUGCUUUUACAAGUAAAAAAUGUCAAUGUAAAACUGAUAUUUGUAAUUCCUUUUUAAGACAAUCAAUGAUUGAAAAAUAUUUAUGUUAUAGCUGUAGUCUAAUUUUUUUGAAUGUAAAAAAAAUGGAUAAUAUUUUACCUAAUUUCAUGUUCGAUGCAAUUCAAAAGGAAUUACAAAUUGCAAAUUUAAAAAAAGAGAUAACAGAUUUUUUAUUGUAACGAAUAAGAAUAUUAUUCAUUAAUGUCAAAAAAUAAUUUAUCCUCUUUUUAAUAAAAAAAUAUAAUUAAA